AUGAUCAACUAUCUCUAUAUCCUAGCCUCACUCUCUCUAUUCCACACCGCCUUGGGCGCUGUCGCUGCAGCUCCAGGUCCUCAAAACGGAACCGACACGACAGCCGUCCAUCUCGUCAAUCGAAACGUAUUUGGCGAACGAGUUGUGUCUCUUAACGUCACAAACAAGGAACAAUUCGCUAUACAGCUGCCCGAGUCGGACGAUACGGACAUUGACACUAGCAAGACCUUCGGCCACUCCCCUCGUGUUUGGUAUUCCCACGGUAACACAACGAACGGCCAAGAGACACUUGCGCAAGACUUCUUCAGCACGUCAGCGACCAGCAAAGAGGGCGGAAAGAACGGCGCAGGAUUCGUGCAGCUCGCCGGGUGCAUCAACUUAGGCAAAGCUCCCCAACUCAACCCUAGCGACAAGGGCGGCUUCUACCAUGACACGCCCGGGGACCAAGCCGAGGACCUUCAAAGAAGUCGAUGCGAGGGCUACACGCACUUUGUAGAAUGUGUCCAGCCAAGGAACAGGCAGUUUAUCCUGAGGUGCUGUAACGACAAGGAAGAUUGUCCAACUCCUAGCGGCAGCCAGAAAUGCAGCGAUGUCCUCAGCGGCUCCUAUGGCACCUGUUCCGAAGCCAGAACGUAG